AUGGCAGCAAAUGCAACUAUGCCAGCUCGAGGUGCCCGUGGCGCUCCCGAAUUCGAUUCCAAGCAGCCUAGGGAGCUGCCCCGUUAUUUCUCCGAUUUGGAAUUCCACUUCACUGCAGCAAAUAUCACAGAUCCGCAGGAAAAGAAGAGGCAGGCAAUACGCUACCUGUCAUUCGAGGACGCCAAGCUGUGGGAAUCCCUUGAUUCUUUUUCCCCUGGCAUUGGCUACGAUGCGUUCAAGGCAGCCGUUGCAAAGCUAUACCCUAGGACCGACGCCGACCGCCGCUACGCACUUGCUGAUCUCCACACACUAAUUGGGGAGUACGCUAGCAUUGGAAUUCUCUCGCGUGCUGACUACAGUGAAUUCUACCGAAAAUUCCUUGUUAUCACCAAGUUCCUCGUCGCAAAAGGGCGUCUUUCUGCUGCAGAGCAGUCUCAAUCGUUUCGUCGUGCUAUCUCACCCCCUACGCUCUGGAACCACGUACACCAGUGCCUGCAGAUCAAGAAACCUGAUGUGCAUCCCGACGACCCGUACGACCUUGCAGAUUUGAAUGAGGCAAUGGAAUUCGUCCUCGCCGACUCAUCCUACGGUUCUGCAGCUCCUCCGUCCGCGCUUUUGUCGCCUACGCCCGUGAAAAAGGAGUCGGCAGAUCCAGGAAUCUCGCAAUUGAUUGAGUCAAUGAAUGGCUUGAUGAAAGUUCUGGCAGCUCAGGCUGCAGUCACGGCUCAAGCUGUUGCGGCUCAACAAUCUACUCGACCACCUCCCCCCACAAUUCCUGUCAAUUCGACUCCUCGGGAUCUCAGCUGCAGUUAUUGCAGCGAACAUGGGCAUUUCAUCAUUCGGUGCCCUCAUGUGGAUGAAGAUAUUCAAUCUGGGAAGUGUAAACGCAACACGGACGGGCAGGUCGUCCUGCCGAGCGGCACUUAUAUUCCACGGCGCAUCAUGGGCGUCAAUUUACGAGCUCGGUUUGAUGAAUAUCACCGCCAGAACCCCGGACAAAUGGCCGCUCAAAAUAUGGUUGAAGUCUCGACUCAUUUCUUGACUUCCAAUCCAGCAGCACCGGAGGUAUCCACUUUUGCCCUUUCGGAUGCUGAGAGAAUCCAGUCUCUCGAGCGCGAGAUCCUGGCGAUGCGCACUCGAUCCCAGGCACGUGCUGCACUGGAUCGGUCUGGGGACCGCGUCGAAGCCCCGGAACGAGUGGUUCGACCUGCGGCUCAAUCUACACCUGCCCCAGCUCGUGUGCCGGCCCCAGCUCCGGCUUCCCCUCCCGCUUCUGUUUCCCACCCGCCAGCUGCUGUUCCCGUCGCUGCGCCUGAACAUCCCUACAUAAAAGUAAGAGAUGCCGCAUAUGCUCCCCCUUGCGAUCAUAACGUUGGCGCUUGA